UUGACCCCGGGAUUUUACGUUCGCCAGUCCAUCGACUGGAAUCGUACGUUUUGAUAGUGUGUUUUACACGUGGUUCCUCAUUUCGUUCUUUCCUCACACUACGUCAUAACCUAAAUAAUUUGUUCGAAAGUCGAUGUUUACGUAAUAAUACUAUAUCGUAGACGAUUGCAUUAUCUGUACUCGAUUCAAACCAAGAUUAAAUAAAAUGUCUAAACGAAAAGGAGUUUCUUUUGAAGAAAAACGUAUAAGAAUGCUUGAACUGUUUUAUGAAAAAAGAGAAUUUUUUACCUUGAAAGAAUUAGAAAAAAUUGCACCUAAAGAGAAAGGAAUUGUUGCGCAAGCAGUAAAAGAUGUACUGCAAACGCUAGUAGAUGAUGGAUUAGUAAGGUCAGAAAAAAUUGGCACUUCUGUAUAUUUCUGGACUUUUCCAGGAGAAAAUAUUACUGCAGUAGAACAAAGAAUAUCUGAAGCAUCAAAAAAGAUAGUAGAAGCAGAAUUUAAACUUCAAAAAUUGAAAGAAGUUUGUGAAAAAGAAAAGAUAGGAAGAGAAGAUACAGAGGAAAGACAAAUUUUGUUACAUGAACUGGAAGAAUUAAAAGUCAAAGAAGAUCAGUUAAAACAACAAAUUGCUAAAUUUAGUGACGCUGAUCCAGAAGUUAUAGCCAAGAUUGCUGAAAAAGCACAGAAAUAUAAAGAAGCUACAAAUAUAUGGACGGAUAAUAUUUUUGCUAUUCAAAGUUGGUGUAAAAAUAAAUUUGACAUAUCUGAAGAAUGUCUCAAUAAACAGUUCAAUAUUCCUGAUGAUCUAGAUUACAAAGAAUAAAAACAUAAAUUUUCAAAAA